AUGGUACGCAGGCAGAAAUUGAAAAGAAAUUGGAUAGAAAAGUUCCAUACAUCACCUGAAAUCAUACAGAAACUCGCAGAAAUGUUCCCCAAUGAUGUGGAUGCUGACGUGUUAGAAGCUGAACUUGAAGUUUUCAAAAACAUAGUUGACCACAAGGAAGAAUUAAAGAACGGAAGCAUGGACAACAUCGUCCAAUUUGCUUAUGAGCAGAGAAAAACACUGCCAUUAACAUGGAAGGCAUAUCAGUUAAUGCUAACAGCUCCAAUUUCAGUCGCUAAAAAUGAGAGAACUUUCAGUCAUCUGAAAUUCGUGAAGAGUGUUUACCGCUCAACAAUGGGGGACAAGAGGUUAGAUAAUUUGAUGCUGUUAAAUUGUGAAAAGGACCUGACAGAUGGUUUAGACAUGUACCAAGUAGUAAAUCAGUGGGCAUCAAAACGAAUUAGGCGUUAG